CUUGUGUACCUCACACACUCUCAGCCUCCUCGCAUCAUCCGCGGAGGAGCUCCGCCGUCGCCCGUUUUUCUCUCCUCGCCGAGCGGCUGCUUCGCGGUAACGGAGCCGCUCCAGCUUUCCUCCAACACUUUUUGUUUUCUUUCUUUCUUUUUUGGUUAAAAAAUAUCCCCAAUUGUCUCUGUGCAUCCGACGCCGACUGUUCCAUUCAAAGCGAAAGCGACUCGUCCUCCCCACCGUCACACGGGAGAAUAUUACGGCUCCGCCAGGCGCAUUUAUUCUCUCCAACCCCGAGAGGUGGGAAACGUUUGAGGACAAAAAGGAAAACAACAGCAGUGAUUCGUGGACGAGCGGCGCACCAUGAGAAUAAUUCAACUACCAACCAGGUCUUCUGCAUGGCUUCUGGAGUGAAGAUGGACAGCCUUUUAUUCCACUUACACCAUCCGAGCUCCAUGCAUCGAGGUGACCGUGGGAUGCAGCACAAUGCUGAGACUCUCCAAUCAGGCCGAACAGGGUCCUUGAAUUAAAUUAAGACUGAUGCCGGAGGAGACAGAAAACCAGGUUGGAUGCAUUGGUUUUUACUGCAGCAGUCUGUAGUAUAGUGUACUUAAAGUAUUAUGUCCAUGAUAAUGAUUAUAUAAGUAAUUUCUUACCCACAAUGCUACAGACAGACAACCUGAAUAUUUGAUUUGAAAAAUUUGCAGAAAAGCUGUAUAAAAACAUGCAAAAGUUUCAUUUUUAGUGCCUAAAUACGGCCUGUUUAGUGUCUUUGCUUUACCAGAGUCAGCUGAUUGGAUGUGAACCAUAAGUUCGAGGUCAGAACUCUCCUCUUUAUCUGUCUCCUUCUUCAAAAAUGAAGUAGGAGCAAAUGAAGGAGCAAAGGCCGACAAAUGAACUGAUUAAUUCACAGGACUCGUGGCCACAGAAAUCUCUAUUAAGAAGUCUUGUUCUAUUUUCUUCUGUACCACGUCAACCUUGCUUUCAAAGUUACUGCAAAUGUGAUUGAAAAUCUUUUGUCCCGACAAUCAUAAAUAAAUUAUAGCCCUCUUAUAAAUAACACUGACUCACCCUCUAUCCAAAAAUCAAUCACAAUUCAAGUGGUCCCACUCUUAAUGGGCAUAUUCAAAUGAGAUGUCAUUGUAGCGUUCUCCUCUGUCCACUGUCCACUCCAUUUGUCCAAUUGCACUGUCAGAUAUGUAAUAUCCACAAUUGGAGGGCGGGAAGAGAAUCACGUCUGUCUCGGCAGAAGCAUCUAGAAAAAAUAUUCACGUAACGUUAGAACCGAAAGCCUAAUGAAAUAAAAAAAAUGUCAUCUCAUUUCGCAGAAUAAAACAGACACCUGUCGACUUGUUUGCAGGGUGAAGCUGGCAUGGACCUCUUUGUCUAAAUGAAGCGGUUCAGCCAUGCAAUGUUCCUGGAAGGCAGUGAUUCUGCUGGCCUUGGCCUCCAUCGCCAUCCAGUACACGGCCAUCCGGACUCUCACCUCCAAGCCUUUCCAGCUGUGCCCUUUGCCCAGCCCCCAGAACUGUGGUCUCGGGGGCCAGGAGACCGAGCCCCCCUUUGAGCGGGGAGCGGCCGGCUGCGACGACUACCCUUACUUCUCCGUCAACGCCACCCGCAAAACGCACAUCCUGGUGCUGGCCACCACCCGGAGCGGCUCCUCCUUCGUCGGCCAGCUGCUCAACCAGCACCAGGAGGUGUUCUACCUGUUCGAGCCCCUUUACCACGUCCAGACCACGCUGAUCCCGCGCCUGUCGCACAGCCGCAACGCGGCCGACCGCCGCGUGAUGCUGGGCGCCAGCCGGGACCUCCUGCGCAGCCUGUACGGUUGCGACCUCUACUUCCUGGAGAGCUACAUCAAACCGACGCCCGCCAACCACACCACGGACAAACUGUUCCGGCGCGGCGCCAGCCGAGCGCUGUGCCAGCAGCCCGUGUGCGACGCCUUCGGCCCCGCCGAUGUCAACGUCGAAGAAGGGGACUGCGUGAAGAAGUGCGCGGCCCUGAACAUGACCUCGGCGACGGAGGCGUGCCGCGAGAGGAGACACGUGGCAAUCAAAAUCGUCCGGGUGCCGGAGAUCGGAGAUCUGCGCGCUCUGGUGGAGGACCCGCGGCUGAACAUCAAGGUGAUUCAGCUGGUCAGAGACCCGCGCGGCAUCUUGUCGUCGCGGAUCGAGACCUUCAGGGAUACGUAUCGUCUGUGGCGCAUUUGGAGGGCCACGGGGCGGCGGCCCUACAACCUAGACUUGAGUCAGCUCACGGUCGUCUGUGAAGACUUCCUCAGUUCCGUAUCGACCGGUCUCGGCCAUCCCUACUGGCUGAAAGGGAAAUACAUGUUGGUGCGUUAUGAGGAUCUGGCCAGGAAUCCGCUCCUCAAGACAAAAGAGAUGUACGACUAUCUGGGGCUGCCUUUGGAUAAAAACGUGGAAGAGUGGAUACACGCAAACACCCGGGGGAGCAGUGAGCCCUCAGCCAAACACAAGUUUGGUACAGUGAGGGACUCGGCGGCUAAUGCCGAGAGUUGGCGCUUGAAACUGUCUUACGACAUGGUAGAGUACACGCAGAGUGUUUGUCAAAAAGUACUUCACCAGCUGGGAUACAAGGCUGUGAAAUCAGUCGAGGAACUGAAAAACAUGUCCCUCUCACUGGUUCAGGACAAAGCUUUUGUACCAUUUUUGUAACAAAGAUAGUUCUCUAAUGACUAUUUUUGAUAUAUUUAUAAAUGUUGCCUUAUGAUUUCUGUUUUUUGUUUCUGUACUUUUGUUUCUUGAAAUUUGCACUAAAGAUUUUGAACGCACCGAGGGAACAGCGGACGAUUCCCUCAUUGUCACAGAACAGCACACUUUAAACACCGAGUAAUCAAACAAGCUAGUUUACAAAUGUCUCAUUUUGUUUUAUUUCAUCAAUAGAACCUAAUACGAGGCCCUGUCUUCAUGACCUUUACCUGUAUGCAAGUUGUUCUCUUCAAAAAUCAUGGGAUGGAAAUCAGGUGGGGUUGGGACAAGGCCGACGUGCUUCUUUUAAACCUGUGAUGGGAAAUUCAGACUCUACUGUUCAAUAAACAGCGAAUGUGGCAGUCAACCUUUACCAACAUGGCAUUUCUAUCCAUGCGGGAAGAGGAGAGAUACUUCUGACAGAUGCCGUGCUCGCAAUGGAUAAUUGCAAACAAUUAAUAGGCUCUCGAGUUAGAGGAACAGAAUCCCACUGGAGGUGGUGAGUGUCUCACCAGAGGAUUUACAACCAUCUGUGACAGAAAAACACAAACUAAUGAGAGAUAAUGUCAAAAUGUUAAAAACCGUUGGUGCUUGGAGGAUACACGCAGGAAGGUUACAGCAUUAGAAACACGAAUGUGGACAUGACACGGGUCUUUAUUCUAGUAGCACUCUCAUGAACUGAAUCUGUUCAUUUUAUUUAAUAGUUGAUUUUUUUUUUAUUUGUUCUCGAUUUAUUCUAAAUUCAGUGUGAAAUGAACACGGCCUUUUGUCUUAUUUACGAUUAAAAUUGUUCAAGCUAUUGUC